AUGUCUUAUCCUUUACAGCCGUACAAUCCAAAUAAUAUAGCUCGUGUUGAUCAACAAUUUAAUAGAUCUAUUCCUAACGGUUAUAAUGGUGGUGGCGAUGGUGAUUUGUUCUCUUCUUUUUUUGGUCUUGCUCAUCGAUUGAUGGCUGAAAUUCUACGAACUGGUCCUGAUAUUGGUGGUAUAUCAGCAUUUAUGGGUUCUGAUCCAUUUAAUCCUUAUGCAAAAGUAUUUGGUGUAAGUUCAAUGAAUGUAACACAAAUUUCACGUGGACCUGAUGGUCGGCCACAUAUUGUUCAAGCACAUGAUGAACGUCGAAUAGGACCAGGUGGAAUUCGACAAAGCAAAAAAUCAUUACGUGAUCCAGAUCGUGGUAUUGACAAGAUGCAACUCGGCUAUUUUCGUGGUGAUCGCGGUGAAAUAAUUGAACGUCGACUAGAUCCAUAUACAGGACAAUACCAACAAGAAAUUAAGCGACGUGGAAUUGCUCCUAAUGAACCUAAGUUUCCACAUUAUUGGCAAAUGCAAUCACAACCAGCUAUGCAACAAGCACUCCCAUUGCCGCCACAACAAUAUCAAUAUUAUCCACAACAACAACAACUUCCAUCCUACUCACAACAACCACAACUUCCAUCCUACUCACAACUUCCAUCCUACUCACAACAACCGCAAUUUCCACCUUAUACACAACAACCACAAAAAGCUCUUCCAGCACCUUUGUCCUAUCAAUACAUAUAA